AUGGUUACUCGACCUAUUCUCGGCUUGGCAGCCCUAUUCCUCCUGGCCGGCGGCCUCCUCCUGCACUGGUUCCUCGUGCUCUCCGGCGGCGUGAACAGCUCGCCCGAGAACCAGUUCUACUUCCUCGAGGCAUCCACAAACGGCAUCCCAAACGCACGUAAUCCGUCGCGAUGGACUUUUUGGUCCAUCUGCGGCGUCGAUGGAAAUUCGCACAACGCAAAUUGCGGAUCGGUGGUUCCUGCUCUGCCGUUCGAUCCCCCGCGUAACUUCUUCACGCGUCAAAAUGUUCCGGACAGCUUCAUCGGCACCCACCAGUACUACUAUCUGUCUCGUUUCAUGUUCGCCUUCUACCUCAUCUCCUUCUUUUUCGCCAACAUGGCCUUGUUCACCGGUAUUUUGGCGCUCUUCAGCCGUCUGGGAGGCUAUCUAAGCGCCCUCACCACCUUCGUCGCUCUGUUCUUCCAAGUUCUUGGAGCAGCUCUAAUGACGUAA